AUGCCCUGCCACUCCACACCAUGGCGCUCCCACCUCGUCUACCCUGAAAUCUCCGCAUGGGCUUUGACCUGCGAACCGCCCAUCAACAUUCCCCUCUCCGAGCGCUCGACCUAUCUCGAUGAGGCGGAUGAAUUCUACAUCAAGCCUGGUCCGGUGGCCUGGCUCCGGGGUAAUAUGGAAGACGUACAGACGAUUAAGGCGAGUGGAAGUAGAUCUGGCCAGCAUUGGACGCGCCAGGAUCCAAAAUUUAAGCGCAAGUAUCGGCGUCAGUGGCCGCAAAACCUUGUUUUCUUUGAGCAGCUCGAAGCAACCCUGGAGGAGUAUCUUGAGGGGACUAGGUAUCAGGAGUGUUGGAGGGGGUUCAAUAGCCACUUCCACGAUGAUUCGAGGAGGACUGGUGAUGUGGUCGUUUGGUGUUUGGAUGGCGUGUGA